CGCCUCCCCUCGCAGCCCGCCGCGACCCCCUCAGGGCGCGGGGAGUCCCGGUGCAGCCGGCCUGUGAACCCCUCCUCAGCGUCCGCGAGGCGGGUCCCGAGCAGAAACAGAGCCAGAGAGAAAGGGCUCAAGGCACUGCUUUGCACCCCUUCCUGCCCGGCUCAGACUCGCCGUGUGGUGCAGCUUUUAUUGCCUUGGCCUCAGGCAGGUGGAGGCUGCUCCUCUCAGGUUUUUCAAAGGCGAGGAAAGUGACGCCGAGUCGCUCAGAGUCACUGAGGACAGUGCCGAGAGGGAUACAGGUCUCUGGAUGAGACGUUUCCUUCCCAGAGUGGGAGUUGGAAUUCCCACGUAUGACAGGCGGCCUCCCAGACUGCAGACAGACCUGCGGACUGGGGCUUCCCUAAGUCCUUCCGGCCCGUUGAGAGUCCUUGACCGCACUCGGUGUCGCUACCUCGGCCGAGAUUUGGGGAUGGGAACUCGGAACUUGGAAAUCGCUCUUUUAAAUAAUCAGUUCCUCUCCUGCCUCCGAAGAAGAAUGAGUGUUUAAUGACAUGCUGGGUCUGGUUAUAAACAUCAGAAACUACAAGAGGAAGACAGGCAGUUACAUGGACGGCUGCAUGAAGAUGGGACAGGAGGGACACAGGUUCUACUAAAGUACCUGGCACAUAUAUAGUGUUCACUAGAAAUGCUCUGAAUGGUCUAUUUCUUAUGAAUAAAAGGAAUGCCUGGCAACAUUGCUAAACCAUUUGCUGAUAGGGGACACAGGUUUGAUCGCUGGUUGGGGAAGCAAUAUCCCACAUGCCUCGGGGCAACUAAGUCUGUGCAACUACUGAGCCCACUCGCUCUGGAGCCCACACACAACAACUAGAGAGCCCCCGAUGCAACGAAGAGCUCUUAUGUUGCAACUAAGACCUGACGCAGCCAAAAAUAAAUUUCUUCUUUCUCCAGGAAGAAAAAUGGCAUCUGUUGCAGUUGAACCGCAACUGAGUGUGGUGACAAGGGUGGCCAACCUUCCCUUGGUGAGCUCCACAUAUGACCUCGUCUCCUCGGCUUACAUCAGUACAAAGGAUCAGUAUCCCUACUUGAAGUCUGUGUGUGAGAUGGCAGAGAAGGGUGUGAAGACCAUCACCUCAGUGGCUCUGACAAGUGCUCUGCCAGUCAUCCAAAAGCUAGAGCCACAAAUUGCUGUUGCCAAUACCUAUGCCUGUAAGGGGCUAGACAGGCUUGAGGAGAAACUGCCUAUUCUGAAUCAGCCAACAAACCAGGUUGUGGCCAAUGCCAGAGGGGCUGUGACUGGGGCAAAAGAUGCUGUGACGACUACUGUGACUGGGGCCAAGGAUUCCGUGGCCAGCACCAUCACUGGGGUGGUGGACAAGACCAAAGGAGCAGUGACCGGCAGUGUGGAGAAGACCAAGUCCGCAGUCAAUGGCGGCAUUAACACAGUCCUAGGAAGUCGGAUGAUGCAGCUGGUGAGCAGUGGAGUAGAAAAUGCGCUCACCAGAUCAGAGCUGCUGGUAGACCAGUACCUCCCUCUCACCAACAGCGAACUAGAAAAACAAGCCAAAAACGUGGAAGGAUUUGAUACUGUUCAGAAGCCAAGUUAUUAUAUUAGACUUGGAUCCCUGUCCACCAAGCUCCGCUCACGGGCCUACCAGCAGGCCCUCAGCAGGGUUCAAGAAGCUAAACAAAAAGGCCAAGAGACCAUUUCUCAGCUCCAUUCUACUGUCAACCUGAUUGAAUUUGCCAGGAAGAAUGUGCAUAAUGCCAACCAGAAAAUUCAGGGCGCUCAGGAUAAGCUCUAUCUGUCCUGGCUGGAGUGGAAGAGAAGCAUCGGCUAUGAUGAUACAGAUGAGUCCCACUGUGCUGAGCACAUAGAGUCACGUACUCUUGCUAUUGCCAGCAACCUGACUCAGCAGCUCCAGACCACAUGCCACACCCUCCUGUCCAACAUCCAGGGGUUACCACAGAACAUCCAAGAUCAGGCCAACCACGUGGGGGUGAUGGCUGGCGACAUCUACUCAGUGUUUCGCAGCGCUGCCUCCUUUAAGGAAGUGUCUGACGGCCUCCUCACUUCCAGCAAGGGGCAGCUGCAGAAAAUGAAGGAGUCUUUAGAUGAUGUGAUGGAUUAUCUUGUUAACAACACGCCCCUCAACUGGCUGGUAGGUCCCUUUUAUCCUCAGGUGACUGAGUCUCCCAAUGCUCAGGCCCAAGGUACAGCCAGGAGGCCUGGCAGCCUGAGGGCAAAACACUUUAAACCUGACCCUGUCAGCAAUGCACAGGACAGCCAGCCAGACGACGCCUCCUCUUAUGUUGAAACCCGCUAGACAACUCUGAAGUGGGGAAGAAGCUAGUGAGGAAAAAAGGUCCUCAAUUGUGGUCAUUUCCAACUGAAUUAAGAGCUUUGAAGUUUCUAUAUUAGUGGAUGAGUUCUGUUGUUUACCUGGCUGGAAAGAAAAGAAUGAUAGGCUUGUCAGAACCUAUCUAGAACUCACAAAAUGUUCCAGUGCAUGUAUGGUCUCAUUCUGUUGCCACUGUUGCUGUCUGUUUGUAUUGAAUAAAAACACCUUCAUGUGGGCUGUUAUAUGAACUGGUGUCUGCUCUGGUUUGGUCUGAGCAGGCCUCAACACUGGUUUGUCUCAAUGCAUGCUUGUGCACCCUGAGUUUUUUAUUUUUCAUAGAGGAAUGCCCCCUUUGAAUUCAAUAAAAUUCACUGCAGAGUAGA